AUGCGCGGCAUCGUGCCUCACUCAGUGGCGCUAAUAUGCCUAUCUUUAUCCGCGUACUUUCUGUCCGCAAGAUACUACACCAGUGCUUCUUUUGAACGCCCAGUCCACUUCUCAGUCAUCACUCUUCUGGUAACUGGACUAUCUUUGCUGGCCUAUACGUAUUAUCAGAGUCGUCGAGGUGACUACCAAACCCUCACUGUCAUCGCAAACCACAAGAGUUCAAUAGAUGUUGUUCAACCCACAAGCACGGUAGUCAAGUUUGCAUUUCUACCAUUCUUCACCAUCAUCACAGAGGCAGUAGGACCGCUUUUCACGCUCUCGGCGUCCCGAUAUGGCAGCCUCCAUAGGAGCCAGACACAGUAUAUGCCGUCAAAAUCGCAAAUCAUAUUCACCUUCCUCACCAUAGUAUGGCCUCUCUUUGUCAUUUCGUCAGAAGAAAGCUCCAUCAUCGCCACUGGCACUAUUUGCCCAAUCGGAUGGAGAUGGGAGCGCUCCAUUUCUCUCAUUCAGCUGCUCAAUGUUGUACUCGAUGCCGCUAUUAUAAGCCAUACGUCUCUUCUGGCUCGGGCCGCGAAAGAAGAUGAAGUCGAUAUAGCUGCUUUCUUGGGCAAACUCUCGCUUGUUGCAGCGGGGAGCAUUUUAUUGCUCUCUUUUCCGUCGUGGCUUUCUGACUCGGAGUUUAUCAUGGCAUUCCAGUUUCGGGCUCUCGAGAACCGAGACUUUGCCAUUGAUGGAUUACUAGCAACUAUCGAGAUAUUAUGCAGCAUAUCACUGCUGUCUUCUUUACAUCCAGCAUGUCUUGUCCUGCUUACGACGACUGCCGUAUUUAUGGGCUCACAGAUACCAGCUCGGAGCGUCAUUUCGGUUCUACCAUCCUCAUCUUACGACGAACUUACAAAGCACACGGCUCUUGCUAUUCUUGUAGCUGUGCCCUUGUGGUAUCUUGCAAUUCAUAGUCAUCAUAAUGAAGAUUCCGGUACAUCGCGGGAAUUAUCCAAAUGGCUCAUCAUCUGUAGUAGUGGAUUUGCACUAUUUGCAUUGGGAACAGUAACGCGACUACUAUUCUUCAAGCACUCACCAAUGAUUUCAGUCGAUGUAGCCAUCAAAUCACUUGUUUCAGAAGCAUCAGCGCAGGCAUUUUCAUGGGAGCUGCAAGCAGCAGUUAGUGUAUCAUUGGCCGAUGCUGUAAGCGAAUACACAAAGAGAUAUGGUAUCUCUCCUCCGCCAAAUUUUGACAAGUGGCACGAGUUCGCCAGAAUACAUGAUUCGGCUGUCGUGGAUCACUUUGACCAGAUCAACAAUGACUUGCUCCCAUUCUGGGGACUAGAUGCGGGGAGUAUACGUGAUCAGACAACCAGGGUCUUUGCGUAUGGAAGCUCUGAGAUGGGCGGCAUGCGCAUUAGGAAUGGAUCCGUGGAGCAGUCGCCAUAUAUACCGGGAUCACAUCGCUGGAUGACGGACUCGUUCCAAAAGAUGAUUGAACCGUUCGCUCAGUGGUUGCCUGAUAUGGACAUGGCAAUCAAUCUCGCCGACGAAUGUCGUAUGGCAGUUCCUUUCAAACAAAUGGAACAGCUGAAAGCGAAAGCCCGAAAAAAUAGAGAUAAAGUGAAAGGCCUAAAGGAAGAGAAGGGCUGGCCAGCCAGUCAAUUUUCGUCUUCCCCAUGGCCCAAAGACUUCCCGGAGCCGAAGCCUCGAGCAGCGAAUGGCGGUAAAGAUGCCAUUGAUCCCAAAUUCACGAACAAUAUUCGGAGACCAAUCUUUUACGAUUUCGUUGCCCCCUCGUGCCCACCAGAUUCUGCGGUAAAUUCCAGGCGGUGGUGGGAUUGGAGCAAAAUCUGUGUUAAUUGCAUCAGUCCACAUUCCGUAUUGACGAGCAGCGGUGCUUUGCUGGCAAACGUAUCACUUGCUCAUAAUCUUUGCCAUCAGCCGGAUGCCGCGUAUCUGGAUGGAUUUCUCAACUCGCCAUCCGCCAUGAUAGGCACAAAAGAAGUCUUCCCUAUAUUCAGCCAAGCCCGUGUUGGCGGCUUCUCGGACAUUUUGAUUCCAUCUCCAUGGAAUUUUGAUGAAAAGAGUGAAUUCAAGGAGGACAGUGGCAUGGCAUGGAAAGAAAAGAUGAAUGGCUUGUUCUGGCGUGGAUCGCCGUCGGAUGGCUUUUCGGCUCAUGGACGAUGGCCAGGCUUCUUGCGACCAAGGUUUGUGCACGAAGCUUAUAAAAAGACCGUAUCAUUGCAAACUUCUGGUACAAAGUCUCCAAUGAGUGUUAAUGUCUCUUUCACUGGAGAAAUAUCUAAAUGCGACGGAAGGGAAUGUGCCGUUGAAUCAGAAAUAUAUGAGAAAUGGGGGUUGGCGACAAUGGAUAAACAUUCAUCCAACACAGAAGCCACCCGGCUACCUCCCAGCGUUCCAUUUGAAGAGCAUUGGCGAUACCGUCAUUUGAUGGACAUGGACGGCGCAGGUUUCAGCGGUCGUUUUCUUCCCUUCCUAGAAAGCCGCAGCUUGCCUUAUCGCGCUGCCGUCUUUCGCACCUGGUAUGACGAGCGACUUCAAGCUUGGCAUCAUUAUGUCCCCGCGGACCUGAGGCUUGGCUCGGGAUUUUGGUCUGUUUUUGAGUUUUUCAGUGGAGGUUCUAAUGAUAAGGCCAGUCAAGGGCCUGAUAUGGCUAAGAAGAUUGCGGAACAAGGUAGAGACUGGACGCGCAAAGCGCUGAGGAAAGAGGACAUGCAGAUUUACAUGUUUCGCUUGUUGUUAGAAUGGGGAAGGAUUACACACGAUGAAAGAGAGCACCUUGGGUUUACGAUAUAGAUGGUUAGAUCGAGUAUUAUAGCGGGAUAACUGAUCUCUGUUUUUUUUAUGUGACAUUUAUACU